CAACGCAGCAGGCGAUUCACGUAGCUACAAACGUGGGGAAGCCUUAAUUCAUAUACAGUUGACCCCCACAUGUUCAAAUUAUGGCAUCUUUGCCUCUCACCUACCGCGAGUGGUGGAAUGAAAUGGACCAGAAGCUGAUAGACUUCUGGAAACAGCACGAAUGUCUUUUCAAUUCUAGAAAUCCGAGCUACUACAACAAAAAGUUAAAAACUAAGCUGUGGUUAGAUUUCGCCUCCAGCGUUGGACUUCACGUAUCUGACGUUGAGAGAAGAUCCAGAUCUCUUCGCACUCAAUAUGGCAGGUUGAUUGGGCACCCAGAUAAAGUGACUACUUCAAAGAAAAGAAUGCUGAAGGAGCAGCUUAGUUUCUUAAGGCCCUACAUAUUCCCUCGGUUAAAAGUGACCGACUGUCAGGGUGAGAGGGAUGGUUAUGAUGAUGAAGAGGAGCAGGACGGUGAUGAAGAUGAGGAAGAAGAAGAAACAGAAGACAGUAUGGAGACAGAGAGCUUGGUAGAUGUUAAUGUGUCUGGUGUAUACAUACGUGAGCACCAGUCCGUUGCCCUGACUGCACAUACUGCCACCCGCUAUUGUCCACCAACACAACUUAAAGUCAGAGAGAUGGCGGAUUUGGCUUGUAACCAUGAGAACAAUGAAAGUCAGCAGCAUCGAACUCAUCAAACAGCUGGGGUCACAAAAUGUGAUGUGCUUAAUCAGUUUGUAAAAGUUAUGUUAGCAGACAUGCACCAAAUCAAAGACCCACUGCUGCUUAUGCAACUUCGUCGGGAUAUCACUAACUUGGUAUUCAAAACCUUGGAAGAAGACUUGAAAAGACGAUGUGUUUGAUAGACUUUUUCCACUGUUGACUAGUGUUGACUGUUGAUGUCUGACUAUCUUCCACCAGGGCAAAAAGGGAGAGAGCACAAGCUUUAUUGAAUGAAGUAGGCAGAAUGAAGACCUGGUGUCCCCUGCUGAGGCAGGCCCCUAUAAACUAAAAUGGGGACAGUCAACUCCCACACAACCAGAGAUUGCCUCAGUAAAAACAUAAAGACAAUGAUGAGAAAGUAGGAAAGAAUCACGUGAGAAGAAAUGCAGAGUGGGGGCAGCGGCUAGACUAGAGUCUAGGGAUGCAGCCUGCCCAGCAAAUGGAUAUCGAGACAGAAGAGAUGAGAGCAACUCUUUCAUUUUGACUUGGAUGUCUUAGUUUGAACUAGAGGUGACGCUUGAUGCUUGUAAAAGUAUCUUGACAAUAGUAACAGAGUUACAAUAAUGUGUCUUUACCUGAAUGACUGUGGACUGUAUUUAGACAGUCCAGAAGAAUACUGCAGUAGUCUGUAAUCAAUGAAUGUCAAAACAAUAUACUUUAAUUGUACAGAUCUGUACAUUAGAUAGAUAGAUAGAUAGAUACUUUAUUGAUCCUGAGGGAAAUUAAAGAAUAUGAACAGAAAGAGCGUAAAUAAUAUGUUCAGUAAAUAAGUAAGUAGUGUACACUUAAAUAUUGUAUUUUCCAAAAGCGGAAGAAUUGGUUUAACUUGCAGAUGUGAACAGUCCAGUUUGAUUUCUUUGUCACCCUGUUUGAACAACAAAUGCUCAGCACAAAGGCAAAAAUGCUUUCAGAGCUAUAUUUUGGGGCCCAACCAAACCCGUUGAAGAGAUGGCACUUUACUCUCUAAGUUCAUAGCCUUGCCUUUUAUUUAUGUGGUACCUUAGUCCUUCCUUCCAUUCUAAGAUGAAUAAAUCAUCAUGGCCUGAGUCUCUAAUGCACAGGGUUUUUUUCUCCCCAUGGCAACAAAUUGCUUUAUUGGAAAAAAUAACCUUUGACCUUCCCCUCUUAGCGAAACAUGCUGACAGUGGUGUUAUUGUAUUUGUUAUAUACCUUUAUAUAUCAUCAGUGUUCAUCUACUGGAAACAAUGCAGAAUCUAAUAGUCUACCUCUGUCCAUUUUCUACUCGUGACAAUCUAUGUUAUAUUGACAGUGAAUUUAAUGUUUUUUCAUUGAAAGAACUGAGCCUGUGUAUUAGGCCUGUUCAACAGGUGGCCUGUAGGCUGAAUAUGGCCCUUUACAUAGUUUCAAAUGGCCUGCCAGUCUCUUGCCAAUUAAUGAAUAAUAAAUUUAAAAAUUAUUGUUGAUAAUAAUCUAAAAUAAUGAUAAUAAGGCAGGGUAUUUCCCCACCUUCCGCCCGGUGACUGCUGGGAUGGUCUCCAGCAUCCCAUGACCCUGAUUGGGAUGAGCAGCUUGGAAAAUGGAUGGAAGUGCAGAAUAAUCUAAAAUACUUCCAUCCAUCCAUUAGCCAAACUGUUUAUCCCAAUCGGGGUCGUGAGAUGCUGGAGCGUAUCCCAGCAGUCACUGGACGGCAGGCGGGGAGACACUCUAGACAGGCCGCCAGGCCAUCACAGGGCCCACACAUUCACACCUAGGGAUAAUUUAGAACGGCCGAUUCACUGACCUACGUGUCUUUGGACUGUGGGAGGAAACCAUGUGAAAUUCAUGGCAUGACAGAAAUGAGCUUCCAUGCAUAUUUGUCUUUCCGGAUGGAUAAGUAUUCAGAUUUGUUUUGAUUAUGAAAAUGCAGUGGCACCAGUGAAAGGACUGGUGUUUUAUCAUGGCACUAUCUUUGUAAUAAAAGA